AAAGGAAGAAGAAGACACAGACAAGCUUUUAGAAGUAGUAGCAGUAAUGGUCCGAGCUUCAUCAUCAUCGAAGAAAGGAGGAUCCGUUGACAAAGACGAUCCAGAAUCAAAACAGAGAAAGAGGUUAAAAACCCUAGCCCUCGACAACAACCUCCUCUCCCCCUCUCCUUCCCGAUGCAUCUCCUCUCUCAAACCAUCGAAGCAAGUCGUGAAACACCACGGCACCGACAUCAUCCGCAAGUCGCAGCGCAAGAACCGCUUCCUCUUCUCCUUCCCCGGUCUCCUCGCCCCCAUCUCCGGCGCCACCAUCGGCGAUCUCGAUCGUCUCUCCACCAAAAACCCCGUCCUCUACCUCAACUUCCCCCAGGGUCGGAUGAAGCUUUUUGGGACGAUUCUGUAUCCGAAGAACAGAUAUUUGACUCUGCAGUUCUCUAGAGGUGGCAAAAACGUAUUGUGUGAUGACUAUUUUGAUAACAUGGUUAGUAACUUACCUUCACUGUUCUCUCUGUGUUUGUAUCUUGUUAGAGCAUUUGGUGAUAUGUAUAUACAGAUUGUGUUCUCUGAGUCAUGGUGGAUUGGGACUAAAGAGGACAACCCUGACGAAGCCCGCCUUGAUUUCCCUAAAGAACUCUCUCAGGCAGAGAAAACUGAGGAGUUUGAUUUCCGAGGUGGCGCAGGCGCAGCAGCAACAGCAGCUUCGGUCAAGGCGACUCCGGAAACUGGGAGCCAACCAACGGAGACAGAGACUGACUCACCUGAAGUUGAAAUGGAGGAGAUUUUGUCUGAUGAUGAAGAGUUUAUGGACGAUAAGAUUCAGGUGACACCGGUGCAAGUAACUCCGGUUCGUCAGUCUCAGAGAAAUUCUGGCAAGAAGUUCAACUUUGCAGAAACCUCUCCAGAAAACUCCUCAGCUGAAAGUGAAGGCAAUACAUCUGAUGAAGGGUCUGAUGAAGGGGAUGAGAAACCUGUGUUGGAAUCUGAUUCUUUAACAAGAGUUCAUGAGGAACCACAAGCUGAUAUUAAUACUGCAUCAGCAAAAAAGGAAAAAUCAAACAGCAAAGACGGUAAGCUCGUUCAAGCUACAGUAGCCAACCUAUUCAAGAAAGCAGAGCAGAAAACAGCUGGUCCUUCAAAGAAGAAAACAUCAUCAUCAAAGGCCUAA